AUGAUCAUCGGCGUGGGACUAUUAACACUUGGGCUCUCCUUAAUCUCGAUCCGGUCGGCUUCUUCCUUCCAAUCUACAGCGCCUACGUCUUGGGGAAAGCGAUCGGCAAGAAAUGAAGAAUCUAUUUACCACCUCAGACUGGCUUCUACUUCCGCCAAGGCUAUCCCUGGUACUGCAAAACUAGGUACCCCAUGGGAGGAACUUGGGUUCGAAUUCAGGCAAACCAAUAGCCAUGUUCGCGUCACUUUUAAGAAUGAUGAGUGGGGCGAACCCGAACUCGUGAAGGAUCCUUACAUCGAUUUGCACAUUGGGGCUACAGCACUUCACUAUGGCCAAUCAUGUUUCGAAGGACUGAAGGCUUUCUGUCACGAAGAUGGAGAAGUUUAUGUUUUCCGUCCAGAUGAAAAUGCCAAGAGAAUGCAAUCUAGUUGUCGCAGAACCAUGAUGCCUGAGCUUCCUACUGAGAAAUUUCUAGAGGCAAUCCAAAAGGUUGUUCAGGACAACAUCGAAUAUGUUCCACCGUAUGGCUCUGGAGGUGCCCUGUACAUCCGCCCUCUGUUGUUUGGAUCUGGUCCACGAAUCGGUUUGCAGCCUGCCGACGAAUAUACUUUCUUGAUCAUGGUCAUUCCCGUUGGUGACUAUUACAAGGGUGGAUUGUCAUCUCCCGUAGAUGCGCUGAUUAUCGAGGACUUCGAUCGUGCUGCCCCUCAGGGAGUCGGGGCAGUAAAGGUUGCUGGCAACUAUGCUGCCGACCUUUUGCCCAACAUGCUGAGCAAGAAGAAGGGUUAUCCUAUUGGUCUAUAUUUGGAUUCUAAGACACAAACUGUUGUCGAGGAAUUUAGCACGAGUAACUUUGUAGGAAUCGACAACUCGCAAAAGAAGUAUGUGACACCAAUGUCACCAUCGGUUUUGCCUUCGAUUACAAACAAGAGUCUUAUGACUAUUGCAGAGGAUGAGGGACUAGCUGUUGAAACGAGAGACAUUCCUGUUGACGAACUCAAGUCUUUUGACGAAGUCUUGGCUGUUGGUACUGCUGUUGUUGUCACUCCCAUUGGCAGCAUCACCAGACUGGACAAUGAAGGAUCUGAAUUGAGAUACGAGUUUGGUGACAAGCAAAUUGGUGAUACUACGAAGCGAUUAUACCAAAAGGUCCGUGCGAUCCAAAACGGAGAAGAGGAGGACAAACAUGGCUGGAACUACAAGAUCAUCAACGAGUAA